GGCGGCAGUCAUCUAAUAAUAGGAGCUGUCAAUGUUUCGGUGUUUUGAAAGAUCACAAAUAAAUGAUCAUUGUACAAGUGAUUUUUUAAGCGUGUACUUCUUUAACGAUUGUGUAGAUUUACGCUGACAACAUAAAGAGCUAGUUCAAACUUUAUAUUAAUAAAGAUGGCGAAUCUAUCUCCCGGGACCACCGUUCAAGAAUACUCCAUUCGUGUUCCAAAAAACAACAAGAAAAGCUACAAAGUAAUGCGAUUUAAUUCAUCUGUUAAUGUUGAAUUUACAAAAUGGUCUCAAGUAAAAAUGGAACGUGAAAAUAAUCUCAAAGAGUUUAAGGGUGAUGAAGAGGAACUCCCAAAGUGAGUGAAGAGCAUUU